UUCACAGAGAAUGGUCUUCUCUCGUAUGAGAAUCCGAACUAUCACUUGGACCCAUCUCGACUAGAGUCAGCGAUAUACAGUGACUUGUACGACAUGCAUGACGAGAAGAACACGCCGGACGAGUACGACAGCUACCUCGACAACAGGAGAGUCGAGGAUGAGGCAGCUUCGCCUGGUACAAAAACUAGUGACAAAAGCGGACUAAUCACGCCGCCUCAGAAUGGCGGCGAGGAGUCCCCCCCACCAGAGAAAGAGCGAGCAGACCGCGAGGAUUCAGAGAAGAGUCACUCGACCCCAGUGCCGCACUCUGCUGAGGGGCCAAACGAUGACCUAUACGCAAUACCGGUCAAAUUGAGACCCAAAAAGGAACCCCAACUGCCGCCAGGAUGGGAGAAACACGAAGAUAACGACGGACCUUAUUACUGGCACAUAAAAAGUGGGACAAUUCAAAGAGAGAUCCCCAAGAUGCCGCCCAUAGAAGCCAAGGAGUCCCGCAUUUCCAUGGUCAGGGACUGUUCCAAUCUGUCUGAAGUCAGCAAGUAUGAGGGCAGUAUGAUGACCAGUUCCGUCACCAGGAGUACCACCAGUGGAGCUCUGGACCAUGAUGGACAGGAAGCCGAGAGGAAACGGAAAGAGGAGAUGUCUUACAAACGCCGCAGUUUCCCAGCCCGUCCAGAGCCAGACAACGGCCGUGCCGUCAGGUUUUUCGUCCGCUCCCUGGGUUGGGUUGAGAUUGCAGAGUCCGAUCUCACCCCAGAAAGGUCCAGUCGUGCGGUCAACAAGUGCAUCGUGGACCUCAGUUUAGGCCGCAACGAUCUGCUGGACCAAGUCGGACGUUGGGGUGAUGGCAAGGAUCUCUUCAUGGAUUUAGACGACGGAGCUCUAAAGCUGAUCGACCCUGAAAGCCUGAACACACUGCACACACAGCCCAUACACACCAUCCGUGUUUGGGGAGUCGGCAGAGACAACGGCCGGGACUUUGCAUACGUGGCCCGCGACCGUGCGACACGCAAACACAUGUGCCACGUGUUCCGCUGCGAGGCGCCUGCGCUGGGUGCAGCAUUCCCAACGCCGAUGGAGGAGCCCCGUAAGACAGUGCGCGCGCUGUACCUGGGCAGCGCGGAGGUAGCGCGUGCGACCGGUAUGCGCGUACUCAACGACGCGCUCGAGCGCCUCGCCGCCGCGCGCCCGCCCUCCGCCUGGCGCCCUGUAGCUGUCGCUGUGGCGCCCUCUAUGAUCACUAUUACUGAUGAAGGGGAUACAACCCCAAUAGUGGAGUGUCGAGUCCGCUACUUAUCGUUCCUGGGCAUCGGUCGCGACGUGCGUCGUUGUGCGUUCAUAGUGCACACAGCGCAGGACCUGUUCGUGGCGCACGCGUUCCACGCCGAGCCCUCCUCCGGGGCACUCUGCAAGACCAUUGAGGCUGCUUGCAAGGUGAGGAACUUACCCACCAAGCAGACACUGCGUUACCAGAAAUGUUUGGACGCGCAUGGCGGCUCCGGGUCCCUCGGCGCGGGUCCCCUGGGCGCCGGGUCCGCAGGGUCGGACUCGUCCCGGGGCUCUAUUGGCGCCGCCCUCAAGUCCCUCGUUGGGUCGCUCACUGGACGCAGGGGCUCCUGAACUACACUCAACUCGCCGCACUCCGAUGAUGAGCCAUUACCGCCGGAGGAGUGCGGCCCGGCGGCCUGCGACCCGAGCGACAGUGCUGCCGCCGACACACAAUAGUGUCACCGCUUGCCGCCAUUACGUCACGUCAUACUACUCACUGCUAUUGUAUCGUUUUAACCGAGUAACAAUAACAUUACGCGCCUUUACUCAACUAGGAUAAUACCUAUGAUCUCAUAAUUAUGGAGGAACUUAAGCUUGGUCAAAUAAAAUGCGUGAUAGAAUAAGGAAAGAGGUUACAUAUGUGAUUGACACAUCGCACGUUGACGUAAAAAAGAGCGCGAAUCGCCAUAUUGCCGCCAUAUUUGAAUUUUCUUCACCAUCCAAAUACGUUACUUGUUAAAACGAUACAAAUCUAUUAUAAGCCGACUGAAAAAAAUGACUAAAUAAAAAACUAGCCAUCAUAGUUUUGCUUAAUUACAUUGACGAACAAAGAUCCAAAUCUGUCAAAUACAAGAACGAUUAGUCGAUAAUUUGACAAGCAGGACUUAUAUUAUACAUUUCAAACAAACUCGACUGCAUCAAUUAACAUAUCUAUUAGUUUUUUUACGCUAAUAGGCUCCCAUAUUUAGUGGAAAUAUAAAUACUUAUCUACAUAAAUAAUUACGUGCAAUAUAACAAUAGACAUGGGUAAUUUUAUGAAUUAAUUUAAGAAAUAAACAGGAACGUGUUUAAAUAUUAACUAUUUCUGUUAUUUUGUUGAUUUUCAAUCUAAGUACCUAAACUUGUAAAUAAAAAUGUUAGAAUUCUGUAACUUCACAUUUCUAACGAACUUUGUGAACUAGAUGUGAAAAUGUCAGAAAAAAACUAAAAAUACCACUGUGAAGUUACUAAAUGUUUGAAUAAAGUUUUUAAACUAAUUUAAUUAAUGUUAGAGUAAGCGUAAGUUGGUGUUUUAUAGUGACAGGUUAUAUCGCAACGUUAGGCAAGCUAGCUUCUUCCAUUUCUAGACUUUUAAACGCCCUAAGUUUGGUACUAAGGUUUAUACUUAAUCAGACUGUAUUACUAAAACAUUAAUUAAAUUAAAUACUCCCAUUGUUACCUUCCCUGCUUAUACUCUGUUGAACUAUGUGUUAUCUCGAGUUGUAUAAAACCUCUACUUUGGUGUUAGAUGUUAAAUUUUAAACUUAAAAUUGAUAUUUAAUAUUUAAAAUGUAACGGCGAUUUUUCUAUAAGUUUGUCUCACAAACUACAUAGAAUAAAUAUUGCGUUACUUUUAAAUAUUAAUUAAACUUAGGAAUAACAUUCUAGAAUAGAAUCGCUGAUGUCCAGAUAUCAAACAAUAUUUAGGGCUGAUGUUUGUAAUACUAAUAAAAAUAAAUUGGUGU